CAGCAAUCUUAGAGAGAAUACCUCAAUAUGCCGAAGAAGCCUAGAAAGGGAGAUAAAAGGGCGUCUGGCAAUGCCAGAAAUUUCAUAACGAGGACACAGGCGGUUAGGAAGCUUCAGGUUUCUUUGCCAGACUUUCGACGGCUAUGUAUAUUCAAAGGUAUUUACCCUCGGGAACCACGAGACAAGAAGAAGGCGGCGAAAGGCGCCACCCCGUCGACCACCUUUUACUACACCAAGGAUAUCCAGUACCUUCUCCACGAGCCUCUUUUAAACAAAUUUCGCGAACACAAAGCGAUCGCCAAGAAAAUUGGAAGAGCUCUUGGUCGUGGUGAAACUGGAGAUGCUGCACGACUUGAAAAGUCCGUACCGCGCAUGCGGUUGGAUCACAUCGUGAAAGAGCGAUAUCCAACCUUUGUUGAUGCGCUUCGAGAUCUCGACGACGCUCUAUCUAUGCUCUUCUUGUUUGCGAACCUUCCUUCAACUUCUACAAUUCCACCGAAGACCAUCGCAUUAUGCCAGCGAUUAUGCCUUGAGUUUGAACACUACCUCAUCGUUUCGCACUCGUUGAGAAAAUCUUUUCUGUCCAUUAAGGGAAUAUACUAUCAAGCGACCAUACAAGGACAGGAUAUUCUGUGGCUGGUGCCAUACAAGUUUGUCCAGCGCAUGGCGGGCGACAUAGACUUCAGGAUCAUGGGCACUUUUGUUGAAUUCUAUACGACCCUGUUAGGCUUUGUUAAUUAUAGACUCUACACGUCGAUCGGUCUAGUAUAUCCUCCUAAGUUUGACGCAACGCGAGAUGACCAAGGGGCUGAGCUAGGUGCUUUCACAUUGGAAGGGAAGCAGAUCUCUACUGGUACAACAACAAAUGGUACAGAUGGACUCGAGUCUGCGAAUGUGACGGCAGUGGACGCCCAAGCCGAGGCAGACAAGUUGAUUACCACUGCUCCAACAGAGACCGAGGACGUACUGGACAGACCACAGGAAGAAGAAGAACAGGUCAAUGAUUCCAUUGACAAGUUUGAGUCAACCACUGCGCCAGACGCAGAUGUCCUGCCACAACCGCAAAUGAGCGCAUCAGAUGCUGCAUCUUUAUUUGCAGACUUUACAUUCUUCCUUGGCCGUGAAACACCACGGGCACCAUUAGAAUUCUUGCUAAAAGCCUUCGGCUGCAAGCGGGUAGGAUGGGAUGCAGUUCUUGGUGAUGGAGCUUGGACCACGGAUGAAAUGGAUCCAAGUAUUACCCAUCAGAUCAUUGAUCGACCUAGUCUGCCAAUGGAUGCCUCCACUAGUGGCGAUGGAAAGGGAAAGUCACACAUACGUUCUUCAAAUUUGCGGGUGCCAGGCCGGAUUUACGUCCAGCCCCAGUGGGUUUGGGAUUGCAUUAAUCAGGGAAAACUGCUACGACCAGAUCUCUAUGCACCAGGCGCUGUACUGCCACCCCAUUUAAGUCCAUGGGUCAAACCAAAAGCUGGGCAAUAUGAUCCCACAGCUUCAUUGGCAGAUCAGGAACAAGAAGGAGAGGCAGAGCUCCACGAGGAAGAGUUUGCAGAAGAGGAUGCCCAAGUGAUCAAGGAUGCUGAAAAGAAAGAGGAUGAAGGAGACGCAGAGGUAGAUGAUGAAGGCGACGACAGUGCCGACAAUGAAGCCAACAGCGACAUGAAUGCCGAGAGUGAUUCGGAGGGUAGUGAUGUCGAGAUAGACGGUGGUAUGGACAUCAAACUUGCAUCAUCGGACGACGAAGAUAGUUCAGAGGAUGUAGAGCAAGACGAAGAAUGGGGCGGGAUGUCUGACAUUGAAGGCGACGAGGAGUCCGACGGCGAGGCCGAACGCUUACAAGAGCAAUUAGAGCUUGAAGCUGAAGCUAUGGGCAAGCCACUGCCAGCGAAAGCGCCAAAGGCGAUGUCAGAUGCCAGGAGGAAGGCGGAGAAGAGGCGAAAAGAGAAAGAGGAGGAGAUCAGCCGGCAAAGAAUGAUGCUGUCUAAUAAGAAGAGGAAGUUGUUUGACAAAAUGCAGUACGGUAAUCGUCAAAGGGAGAUCGAAGCGGAGAAGCUGAGAAAGAAAAGGAGAAGGUUGGAGAGAUUAGAGCAGAAAGCUUCUGUCUAAGUAAAUAUUGUGUUUCUUAGACUUCAUAUACAGCACGGCGUGCAUUCAAUGGCUUUCAAAAGCAAAGAGACAUUGGUCGGGUAGUUUAGCCUUGUCACCUUAGGCAUGUGAGAAUUUUGUAUUCCCCGGAAGUAGCCCCCACAACGAAGAAUACGGUUUCUAUUGAAUCUCGGUCUAAAGGUCCUUACAACAUAUACUAGACAAAUAUGUGCCGAAGAGCU